CUUGCCGAUAUUUUUCAAUAUGUCGGAGGAGGAAGCAGGUUGAUAGUCGAAGGUGAACGGGUGUUUCAAGCUAACCACUUGCUUCUUGUCGGAGUUCAAACCGUGCACGAGGACGGCUUUACCAUAUUUGCGACUUGUUUGAAGUCAUCAUCACCUAGAGCUGAUCCACACAAAAUUUCCAUCCGCACCAGACCUUCCUUUGAAAAGUGGUCUUUUCAGUGUUCGUGCAAAGCUGGAAUGGGAAAAUGCAAACACAUAAUGGCCGUUUUAAAACAUCUUCUAAUGUUCCCUUCAGUUCCAUUGCUUACAGUAACAGAUUUGCAACAAAAGUGGGGUAAAAUUGCAGAAAAAGUUGCUGACGAUAUGUACAAGACAACACCAUUGACCGCAUUCUGCAAAAAAAUGACCAAUACAAAAGAUACGACUGAAGCUGCCUCGCCGGCGGGUUUGACUCACGAUGAGGGUACCAACAUUCUUCAGCUUUUCGUGAAAGGAUUCCCUGAAAGCGGUCUGGCAUACGAAAAGAAAGGACGAGAAAUGAAAAAUAUUGACAAAAAUGAUGAAUCUGAUGUUCUGAAUACACUUCUCGAUAUAGAUGUGCAAAGUCAUUCUACAGAAUCCAUUGAUUCGUUAAUUUCUAUUGAAGAAAAUAUGACUUGCAGUCUACUUAAAUCCUUCCUGAGAAGAUCGUUUCAUCCUGAUAACUUCACGAUGAUCGAUCGUGAAAUAAUGGAAUUUAUAGGUCCGUUAGAAAAGGAUCUGCAACUUCAUUUCGAAAUUAAUGUGAAAGUAUCGGAAAAUAUGUACAAGAACUAUAGAACAAAGAGUAUCAUCGCAAUGGAAAAAAGAACGAAGCCGGCGCAUCACUUCAUCCAGUGCAUACUCUGUGUAUACAUACUACACAAAUCAACCCGACAAGAACAAAAAUUGGAAAAGUAA